AUAGAAUCUUGCUAGUUCUGAGCGCCGGUGUCAACCUAAAAUUCAAGAUGAACAGAGGAGGCAGUGGAGGUGGGCGCAAAGUCCUUCUCCCUCCUAUCAAUUUCAUCUUCAAACUCCUACAACAACACUCGACUGUACAGAUCUGGCUUUACGAGCAGCUGGCGAUCAGGAUUGAAGGUAGAAUUAGGGGCUUUGACGAAUUCAUGAACUUGGUUAUUGACGAUGCCGUGGAGGUGAAGCAAGCCACGAAAACAACUGAGGAGAGUCGGAGGUCUUUAGGUCAAAUACUGUUGAAGGGAGAUAAUGUGUCGUUGAUUCAGAGCUUGAGCGGAUAG